UACACGAAAGAUGUGACGCACAACAUGUCAAGUGUAUUUUGCAUGCAUGUGUUAGUUGGGAUGACCCUUGGAAGAAUGCACAGUUGCAUAAUAUUGAAAUAAUUUUUUAAAAUCAAUUUAUGCAGAAUAGUCCGCCGUUUGUAUUUCUACAUAUAAGAUCUUGCAGGAAAUAUGUGGAAGAAUAUAAUGAAAAGCAUGCUGGUUCUGGCUGGGACUACUGUAGCUGUUCCCUAUGUCAUCGCAUCUGUUAGCAGUGUCCUCUAUGGCUGGAGCGAAAGGAAGAACAAAGUCAAGAGAAUGCUAAAUCCAUUCAAAGUGAUGGCAUUUAGUUACACACUUUUACAAAUGAUGCACAUAAAAAUUAGAUAUAUACCUUUGUAUAUACAGUGGAAAAUGUUUUAUAGCUCUGCAAAGCCAUCACUUGUUUUAAAGAAUUUGUCCUAUGGAAGGAAUGAAGAAACACUGGAUUUGUACUUACCAGCAUCAAAGAAAGGAAACUCAAGUAUACCUGUGGUGGUGUUUGUGUUUGGUGGAGCCUGGUCCAUGAAAAAUAAGGAAAUGUACGGUCUGUUAUGCUCAGAACUGGCUAAUAAACUACAUGCAGUGGUGUGCUGUCCCAACUAUUCUGCUUAUCCAAAGGGUUACGUGGAUGACAUGGUUCAGGAUGUGGUGGACUGUCUGUGCUGGAUCAAUGAUAAUGUAGGGGACUAUGGAGGAGACAAGGACCAACUGAUGUUGAUUGGUCAUUCCUCUGGAGCACAUCUCAGUAUAAUGGCAGUCCUUGAACUGCUGCAUGAUGACAUUCUGAAUGCAGGGGACAUGGCAAUUCCUGAACCAGUGGUACCACAAAUUCAUUUUGAGGAGUCUCACUAUAGAAAGGAAGAGGCCAAUGGACAACAUGGCCUUGAAGGAAGCUCUGGGUCAUCAGGAUCAUUUUGUGUUUUAAAUGAAAAUGGAGAUAAGAAAGAUGGUUUAGAGGCCAGUAACACAAGCAGUACUUUUGAAAUGUUGAGUGUUGACACCAGUUUAAUGGAGGAGUCUGUAGCAGCAGGUUAUGUUAAACCAGAGGUGGACACAAAUAGUGAAAAAAUCACAGUGGAUCAUCCGGAAAGUGUCGAACAAGAAGUGGACCAAAGUGGAGAUAAACAGGCUGGGGGCGACACUAACGGGAAGAGAAAACACGCGGAUUCGGAGGAGGAGGAUGCUGGAAGUGAGCAGGACUCUGUAAUAACCGUUAGAUCUAAUGACAAACAACGGACAUUGGUAGAUAUUGGGAAGUCUAUUAAAGCAGUCAUAGGUUUGGCUGGGGUGUUCCACAUAGGAGACCACUAUGAGCAUGAGGCAUUUCGCGGCAUUGAAGACGUUUCCUGCAUGGCUCGGGUUAUGUAUGGAGAGAGCCAUUUUGACAGGUUUUCACCCACUAAAUUGUGCCAUUCGCUUUCGAGAGGAGUCAGAUUACCGAAGAUUGUGUUACUUCAUGGAACAAAGGACUAUGUAGUGCCAGAUUCCUCCAGUAUUAAGUUCUGUGACGUAUUGAGAGAUCUCUAUGCUGAUGUGUCGCUCCAUAUCAUUCCUGGCUGUGAUCACUAUGAGAUUUGCCUAGACUUGAUGAAACCUAAAUGUAGAUUUUUUGAACCAGUAAUGGGCAUUAUACUACAAACUUCAAAAACUGCUUUUUCAAACAAGUGAUAUUACUGUCAGUGGCUUCUUUGUUUUAAGCAUCGUUUAAUUUGACCAGGUUUACCGUAGUAUAAUGUCCAAUAAUGGUGCUUUUUUAUGUUCCUUGUUUUUAUUUGUAAGUAGAUCAACACAUUACAUAAAGCAUAUUGAAAUAAUGUA